UUUCAUUUGGAUAUAUUGGGCUUUGAGAUUUACGUUUCAUUAAAGGAAAAAGCCCAAAAGCCCAUUAUCAUUCAAUUGAGUAGUUGUGGUCUCUAAUCUCAAUCUUUAACUCGGAUCUUAACACAGAGGAGAAGCACAAUCGAAAGGAAGGAGAAGACGAAGAUGUCGUUGGUCUGGUUGGAAGCGAUGUUGCCUCUCGGAAUCAUCGGUGGGAUGCUCUGUAUCAUGGGGAAUUCUCAGUACUACAUCCACAAAGCUUAUCAUGGCCGUCCGAAGCACAUCGGCCACGAUGAAUGGGAUGUUGCUAUGGAAAGACGCGACAAGAAAGUCGUCGAGAAAGCUGGAGCUCCUUCGUCAUGAUCCGCUUUAUCUCUUUUGUGUUCCUCAGGGGCUUAAGGUGAAGACUUGUGGUGACAAAUAAAGUGCAUUCCAGAAGAAGAAGAAGCUGGGGGAUCUAGUACUUUUAUUCCCAUUUGAUUUUCCUUGGACAUAUUAAAGCUUUCAGAAAUCAGACCGUAAUGACAUUUGGUUUAUCUACAUUUCUCUAUAUGUGAUAAUUUGUAUGCUUUUAAGUUGCAUUAUACACUGAACUACUCUCUUGCUGUGUGAGUGAAUAAAUGAAUAUCUGGAAAGAUGGCUCAUCC